UUUAUGGAUUUUCACUGAACUCGACAAGUUGGAUUAUUUACAGAAUUUGUUAUCAAGACUUGUAAUCUGAUCCAAUAAUUUAUAAAUAAUCUUUGAACGCUCUAAGAAAUAACCGCCCAACUAGCCCGACAGACGCACAGUCAAUCACUGUACCGGGGCCCAUUUGUCACCAUCAUGACCGAUACAGUCCUGACCAUCGCCUGCGAGGCGGGCGUCAACUGUACCGUCCUGGCCCAGCAGCCUGGGGCCACGGUCGUCUCACCGCUGCUCCUCUGCCUCACUGGGGUUAUCGGACAAGUGUGGGCUCUGAAUUAUCUACACCGGCGCUCGAAGCAGCAGAACAGGACUGUGUUCUACGUGAUGCUGUCGACGCUGCUCUGGACGGACCUCAUCGGAAAGUUGACAACCACACCCGCUGCCAUCUUGGCUUACGUGCACGGCCACUGGCUUGGCGGGAAAGAAGCAUGCAACCUUCACGGCUUCACGAUGAUGACGAUCGGCCUGGUGACGCACUGCAUGGUCUCUGCCAUGGCGGUGGAGCGAUACAUCGGCAUACGUCACGGCUACUAUUACAGCAAGCACGUCACCACGUCACGUGCCAGACUGCUGCUGCUGGGCAUCUGGCUGUUCGGCGUGCUGCUGUGCGCCAUGCCUCUGUUCGGGGUAGGCCAGUAUGCCCUACAAUACCCCGGGUCCUGGUGCUUCGUCAACACACACGUCCUGUGGGACGAAUCUCCGGUGCAACACAUCGUCUUCACCAACCUGUACGGCAGCAUACACGUCCUGUGCAUCGUCACCAUCGUCUACUGCAACUUCGCUGUUAUUGGAACCCUGAUCAGAACGCGCAUGACUCGACUGCGGGAGCCCAUGAACUCGCAGCACCUCUACAGCAACCGCAGCUACCGACAGCGGGAACUCGAGAUCCAGAUGGUGCUGGUGCUCGUUGUUAUCACCGUAGUCUUCAUCGUCUCUUGGCUACCUCUUGACCUGCGGAUUUUCCUGAACCAAGUUUGGCCCCAUAAGUCUCGGGCAGAUCACUACCCCGACAUUGUGGCCAUCAGACUCGCUUCCCUCAACCAAAUAAUUGACCCGUGGGCCUACAUCAUCUGCCGUAAGUUGUUCUUCUCGAACACUGGCCGCAGGCUGCUGUGCUUCAUCCAGGGCCGUGGCUGGUCUAAAGUGAGCAGGGAGGCCUCCAGCCUGCAGGUGAGGGUCUAAAGUGAGCAGGGAGGCCUCCAGCCUGCAGGUGAGGGUCUAAAGUGAGCAGGGAGGCCUCCAGCCUACAGGUGAGGGUCUAAAGUGAGCAGGGAAGCCUCCAGCCUGCAGGUGAGGGUCUAAAGUGAGCAGGGAAGCCUCCAGCCUGCAGGUGAGGGUCUAAAGUGAGCAGGGAGGCCUCCAGCCUGCAGGUGAGGGACUAA